AUGAUGAUGGGCUCCCUCAAACCACCCGUCGGCGAGUGCGGCGACGCUCGAGCCUCCAACUGCGUCCUUCCCAUUCCAUCCCCUUGGGGAUUUGUCCUGGCCAGCCUGGUACCUGCGCAUGAACACACCUUCAAGGGGCUCAAGGACCUGCUUGCCUCCUCACGUUUGCUCCGUGGGCUCUGA